AUGCCCACAAAUCCAACUGAGGGUGCUACAGUUGCUCCUAGCUCAAAGGUAGCCACUUUAAAGCAACAAAGAUCAAUAGCGCGUCGAAAUAUCACACGAAUAAAGAAUAGGCUAGAGAGUUCUACUGCUUCUUGGAAUGCCAUAGAUUCAGAAUGCCGACUAGAAAUUUUAAAUUCAUAUAUAAAACAGAUUAUGGCAUUCCAAACGGAAAUAGAAAAAGAGGACCCUAGUGAUGACAAAAGAGGAGAUAUAGAGGAGCUUUGUAUUAGUUGUAAAUCAAAGCUGAUGCAACUGUUGGGUGAUUAUAAACAGCGUGAUAGCUCCUUAAUGGAAAAUACGUUCAGUUUUGCCAUGCCACAAUCCUCUCGCUUACCAAAAUUAAGACUACCGACGUUUGAUGGCAAAUAUGCGGAUUAUAAGAAUUUUAUAAGUUCCUUCAAUAACUUAGUGAACUCAGUCCCACACUUGGCUGUUAUUGAGAAGUUUAACCACUUAUUGAGCUGCUUAUCUGGCGAUGCAUUAAGAACCGUAAAAGCGUUUCAAGUUACGGAGGACAACUAUUCGAAAGUACUAGAUAGGUUAGCUGAACGCUAUGACAAGAAAGCGCUAAUAUUUUUUGACAAUGUGGAGCGAUUGUUUGAAAUACCCAAAAUUACCAAACCCAAUCCAUCGGCUUUACGCAACGCGGUUGAUACAGUUUCCGCUGUAUAUGAUUCAUUGCUCUCGUUAGGUACUGAAAAGGACAUUACAAACGCUUUGAUAAUAUACUUAGUUCUUUCCAAAGUCGACCCAGCCACAAAAUCGAAAUGGAAUGAUAACAUGGAUUAUUCCACGCUUCCCUCAUGGGAUACUUGCUCAAAACUUUUGAUUCGUCGCUGUCAGUCACUUGAGGUGAAUGAGGAUCGGGCAAGUAAGAAUGAUUCUGCUACCGUACAGUCGACCACUCGUCCACAUUCGAGUAAACCCAAUAAAUUUAAUAACAACAAAAAUGAACAUAAGGCUUCUUUUACUGUAGCAAAUGCAAAUAAUGAUAACCAAUGCACCUUUUGUACACAAAUCAGUCAUUCUAUAUACACCUGUAAUGCGUUCGCUGCUCUGCCAGUCGCCAACCGAUUCGAUUUUGUCAAGAAGGGUGGGUACUGCAUUAAUUGCCUGAAAAGUGGGCAUUCAGUCCGCAAUUGUAAUCGGUCUCAAUGCCGAAUUUGUCGUCGUUCUCAUCAUUCACUACUGCACAGAUAUAAAGUUCAAGCAAAUAAUUGUAGCAAUACCACUUUGUCGUUGAUUCCUUCCAAUCCUGCAGCUGCUGCUGCUUCUGCCGCUGUACAAGAAUCAAAUCAAAGCUCUUCGCAUCAUGUUUCGAGUACCAAUGACGUCGUAGUGCUGGCUACCGCUAUGGUUAAAAUAAAAGAUCGUUUUGGGAAGACUUUAACCGUACGAGCACUUUUAGACUCCGGCUCCCAAGUUAAUUUUAUAAGUGAGGAAUGUGCGCAUAACUUGCAAUUAAAGCGGCAAUAUAAAGAUUUAAGUUUAUCAGGAAUUGGAGAAAUAAAUGCAAAUUUAAAGCACAAGGUUGCAGCCACGGUAAAGUCCAGAGUUACUGAUUUCGAGUUUCAAGCAGAAUUUUGGGUGAUAAAAUCGAUAUCUGGCUAUCAACCAGAAGUAAACUUGCCCGUAGAAACGUGGCAAAUCCCGGAGAAUAUUGAGUUGGCUGAUACUGACUUUAACAAACGGCUAAAAAUUGACCUUUUAAUUGGAGCUGACAUAUUUUUUGAACUCUUGUGUUUAAAAUAA